GGAAUCUAGCCAGGGCUGCCAGACAGUAUAUUCCAUCUUAUUGAUGUCCGGUUGAAACUUUUGAACUUGAAUCUAGAACUGAUAUGCAUUCACAGCACCUUUCCCUUUUCCCAUCUUUUAUUUGAAGCUUAAUUUCCACAUUGUUUAACAAUUUUUUUCUAAGGUUCGGUUCUGUCCGUUAGUUGGUCUUAGCUUACUUUAGAAGCAACAAAGAAGUUUAUUGAAGAAAAGUCUCUAGGGUUCAAAAGCGUGUCGUAGUGGCUCCAGCCGAACAUUGCCGUUUAUACAUGGACUUCUGUCGUGGCAAGGAACGCAUACAAACUUCUGUGACACUUAACAGUGGCUGUGCAGAGCUGAGUGGUUUCAGUACAUUGUCAACAAGCUAGUCUAUAUAAAGGGCGUUCAAGCAUCUCCAGUGUGACGGAGCUUGGAUCAAAGGAGGGAUCAUGGCAGCGAAAAUGUUUAUAGUUCUUCUGCUUUUCUAUGCAGUGUUCAAUGGGCUGGACACUCACAUGCAGCAGAAUGAAGUAACCUUUGACCAACUGCUUUCUCGAACACUGGUGAAUAAGAGAGAACCGUGGGAUUUUGUUUACGGCAGAUCCUUGCGGUGUUUUGACAUGGUGGCGACUGAGGGCCAGUUCACAUUCACCAGUGACCAUGCUCAGCUUAAUUGUGGAGUGUUCUUCAUCGGUGAGCCCAAUGAGGUGAUCAGCAUUGAACUCAGCAUGGUGGAUAUCGACUGCAGUCAUGGAGACAUCAUAAAGAUGUUUGACGGCUGGAUCCUAAACGGAAACAUGUUCCCAAACUCACUUGACCAUUCCCUCCCCCUGAGUGAGCGCUACGCAGACUACUGCACGUCAGGCAUGGCCAAAGGAUUGUUCCAGUCCUCGCAAAACGUGGCCAUGAUGCUUUUCCGAGUCCACACGGCAAGGAAGGGCUUCAGCGUGACACUGAAAAAACACAUCAACCCGUUCCCUUGCAACAUAAUUUCUCAAACUCCAGUGGGCAGUUUUACCAUGGUAAUCCCUCACCAGCGAAGAAACUGCAGCUUUUCCAUCAUCUAUCCCGUCGAGAUUCAGAUUACCAAACUCAGCCUGGACCAGUCACAGUCAAAUGAUGUUGCCCUUGAGAAGCCUGGGUCUGACUGUGCUGAUUCAGACGACUUUGUCGUCAUUCUGGGAGGCAAUGUGAUUGACACAUCAAAGAUGCUCCCUGUGACUGACCUGUGUUUUUUCCCGGACAGCCAAACUCAAAUGAAGAUUGGAUGUGACAAUACUGCAGUGCGAAUGGUUGCUAGUGGGAAAUACAUCAACAGUGUGUCUUUUCACUACAGGCUCCUGGAGCACAAUGAGUUACUUAAAGUCAAACAGAACACAGUCGAAGAUUUCUGCUCUUUAAAAUGAAUUAUGAGAAAUGUUUUGAUGGAUGACGAGGACUUUAAAUAUCCCCUUUUAAUAUGCAUCAGAAAAUAAAAAAUCACACAUGUCUAAAUGUCAUUUAAA